AUGGACGACCACGACAUAGAGGACGAGGGCGACACCGACUCGCUGCUCCAAGCUAUUGGCAACGGCCGAGAGGCUCCUUGUAAUGAUGAAGUCGAAUCUUUACGCUUUCGGACUCAGGAGUUGCUGCUUGAUGACAGCAAUGAGGGCUCAACGGGUAGUUCUGGCACUACUUUGCCUGAUUAUUUGCUACCUCAUGGUGCAGACCAUCCAAAAAACACUCUGGAAGGAGAUCUGCUGCAUCAAACGCCGCUACCUCAUGUAUUUCCGAUACCGCCGCCCAUACGUAAUCCAGGAACACCAGCUCAACGAAGCCCAGACCUGAAUAACAAUAAUCGUCGAAUCACGCAAUCUCGUCGUCUAGUAGGCCGAGUCUCUAAUCUACACCUCGCCGAGAGUCUUUCAGUUGGAAUACCACGUAAUGUAGAAGAAAAUGGUCCCGGGCGUAAGAGAUCAUUGUUUAAACUAGAUCGAACGAAACUUGGUGAUGCAAGGAGGCCGUGGAGACGGCGAGAGUAUAGUCGUAGCCCGACUAGUCCUCCCAUUAGUACCAGCCCGAGUCCAUCAGCCCCUGCUGCCGGAGAACAGCAGCAGCAAGCUAUGAAACGUAAGAUGACGCUAGGCAGAUUAGAUUCUAUUGGUCGUAUGGCUAUUUCCAUGCGUCCAAGCCAUGAAAAUGGACCACCGACAACGCCAUGGGUCUGGACUUCAUGGAUCUUAACGUGUUGUAUACCAGGAGCAUUGCUCAAAUGGUUUGGGAAGGGAGAUCCAUAUGUAGCUCAAGCAUUUAGAGAAAAAUUGACUCUUUGUCUAAUCAUCACAAUCCUCAUGGCUGCAGUCGGGUUCUUGACAUUCGGAUUCCAGAACUCGGUCUGUAGUUUUAACGGCCUCCAUAUAAAUCUAAACAAGCUGAAUACGCUCUAUGCUAGUACAUCGAUACGUGGUGUCAUAUAUAGUUUAGCUGAUUUCACCCAUCCUCCUAUACCCGGAAUCACUGCUAACUUUAACAAUGUCGCUCAAGGUCGUGAUAUAACGCCAUUAUGGCCUCCAGCUGCAAAUACUUCCAAAUGCGUUGCCCUACUUGGAGCUGCUUAUACGCAGUUUCCAUGUGUGAUUCCAAAUGUAUGGCCACCGAAUGGCUCUGCACUGCCCAACGAUUAUACUAGUUGUCAUUCGUCGAAAGCUGAUAUUGCUGUGUUGGGCCUUACCAAAGUACAAGGCACUGUAUUUGUAGAUUGGGAAUUUGUUGAACAGUCGACCAACAUGUUGGUGUACAAUGGAUGGGUUUUAGAUUUGACGGCUUUCAGUUCGAACCCGGCCUUCCUUGGUCAAGACUUUUACGCCUUGGCUAUGGCUAAUAUCGGUCGAGACGCAACAAAGGCCUUCUCGCUCAAUGCCACCAACAUUAGAAAGGCCCAAUGUCUCGACGAGAUAUUCAGAGUCGGACAGAUAGAUUCGCAGCCUUUUGGCUGUGUAGUGUCGAACGUAGUCCUCUAUGUCUCCUUGAUUGUUAUCGUUGGAGUCGUAUUCAUACGAUUUUUCCUAGCAAUCACCUUCUCAUACCUGAUUGGAUCAAGACUAGGUGAUCGGCCUGGUAGUAUAACUCGAUCGGCAGUCGAAUUGAGUCGACGACGACGAGAGAUAAAGGAAAUAAAGGAGCAGGAUGCUCUCAUAGCUGCUCAGAUUAAUGAAACUGGACAACCUCGAGAUGCAUACCGUGAACGUGUACCGGUAAUUCCAUCUGGACUAUCUGGCCGAUUGAUAUCGAGUGAACGUGAUCGUACCCUAAACAAGACUAGGUCUCUGCCAGUCUUGAGUACACGGUCAUUUGGAUUACGGUCAGCCGCUUCAAGCCGUAGCAUAAUAUCAGAAGAAGUCGUGCCAGAUAGUGAAGCAGACUUGUCAGCCAUGCCAGAAAGUAAACGUCAUUCUGCCAUUGUAUUUGGUAGAAAGGCUCCUGAAAACCUGAGAAUAGAUAGUAAACGAUUAGCGGUCUUUCCUGAUCCUUCAGCACCGGAUGCUGCCGCAGCCAAGGAAACUGUCAUGAGCAACCCAGAUCUUAUGCACGUGUUAGUGAUGAUUACGUGUUAUUCUGAACCAUAUAUAUCGUUACGAACCACGCUGGACUCGAUAGCAAACACGUAUUACCCUUCGACGCACAAAACCUUGUUUGUAGUUGCUGACGGUAUGGUAACUGGUGAAGGCAAUGGUCGACCUACAAGUGACUUCUUAGUUGAUAUGAUGGAGGUGGAUGACCGUUUUAGAUCCGAUGAUCCACGAUAUGGUGGUGAACCACAAGCAUAUUCCUAUGUCGCUAUCGCUGACGGCUCUAAACGUAAAAACUUUGCUCGAGUCUAUGCAGGCUGGUAUCGAUACACCAAAUCGCAGCCUGGUGCUGAUGCCAAGGAAAAGGAUGCUAAAAAGAAGUGGAGACGUAGUUUAGGUAACCUGGCCUUGUCGAAACAACGAGAAUUCGACAGUGAAGACGAUAGUGAUGAUGAACGACCUGAAUUAAGUAGACACGGCACAUUCAGAUCCAUCAAGACACGUAAAGAUGGUCGUGUACCCAUGAUUCUCGUUGUAAAAUGUGGCAAUCCUGAAGAACGGGAACCAGGUAAUCGUAAACCUGGUAAUCGUGGUAAAAGAGAUUCACAAGUCCUAGUCAUGAAUUUCCUCUCCAAAGUGAUGUUUGAUGAUCGAUUGACUGAACUUGAAUUUGAAUUGGUGCAUAAAUUGUGGGCUAUUGGUGGUGUACAUCCUUCUAAAUAUGAGGGUGUACUUAUGGUGGAUGCUGAUACCAAGGUUUAUCCUGAUUGUAUAACGCAUAUGGUGGCUUGUAUGUUGAAUGAUCCAAAAGUUAUGGGGUUGUGUGGUGAGACGAGGAUUGCGAAUAAGUUUGGGUCGUGGGUCACUAUGAUACAGGUGUUUGAGUAUUACAUAUCUCAUCACUUGACAAAAGCUUUCGAAUCCGUAUUUGGAGGUGUAACAUGUCUACCAGGAUGCUUUUGUAUGUACAGAAUCAAGGCUCCCAAACCUGAACACGAAGGCACAUUUGUACCUCUCCUCGCAAAUCCAGAUGUAGUUGAACAAUACUCUGAAAAUGUAGUGGAUACGCUACACAAGAAGAACCUGUUACUCUUAGGAGAAGAUCGAUUCUUGACGACGCUAAUGCUCAAGAAUUUCCCACAUCGGAAGAUGAUUUUCGUGCCACAAGCUGUAUGUAAAACCGUGGUGCCUGAUUCCUUCAAGAUCUUGUUGAGUCAGAGGAGGCGGUGGAUCAAUUCAACCAUACAUAAUUUGUUGGAGUUGAUACUUGUGAGGGACUUGUGUGGGAUUUUCUGUUUCUCUAUGCAGUUUGUGAUAUUUAUGGAACUUGUAGGAACAGUCGUGCUACCCGCUGCCAUUUCCUUCACCAUAUUCUUGCUAAUCGAGUCCUUCUUCAUAUCACCACCACCGUACAUUCCAUUGGGACUUCUCGCUGCCAUAUUAGGUCUACCAGCCUUGCUGAUUGUGAUGACGGCGCAUCAUCCAAUGUACAUAUUCUGGAUGUUUAUCUACUUGGUCUCGCUACCCAUAUGGAAUUUCGUAUUACCUCUGUAUGCAUUCUGGCACUUUGAUGACUUUAGUUGGGGCCAGACGCGUCAAGUAGCCGGUGAAAAGAAGGGAGAAGAUCAUUCUCGUCGAACAGGUGAAUUUGAUGGGGAGGGAAUCCAGUUACGUAGAGCAGCAGACUGGAUACGGUAUCGCAAGAUGCAGAAUGAGAAGGCUAGACGACUGCUGUUUGCUCAACAGGAAGCUACUGCUGGUGUGGGUGGUGGUGGUGCCAGUAAUUAUAAUCCUAACUUGAUGGAUCCAACCAGUAAUAUUGAGUCGAUGGGUGAUUCUAGCCAUACGGGCGCAUAUCCAUUCCCGUUGGCAUACUCACGCCCUCAACCAUCGCUUCCACCGCCAAUGCCUCUUAGAUCACAAUCUGAUGAUGACAGAUGGGUAGAUAACAGCCAGUCAGAUGCACCACCACGGCGCAAUCCAACCGUCCGAUUCAACGCUUCUCCUGUGAUAGAACGACCCAGUCAUUUAAGCAAUAUAUUAGCCUCCUCAGGUGCCAUCGCACCACGAUCUCCAGAUGGAUCACUGACUCAACCACCAUCCCCAGUGAAACCAUUGCCAAACCUACCACCACAAUAUACCACACGUUCGCCUACACGUCGAACAUCACUAGCUCAUGGUGUUAGGAAUGCAUGGUCUGCUAUACAAACUCCUUUUAAUAAUAAUAGUAGGAAUAGUCAUUUAGAUAAUGGGGCCACGCCACCGCCUCCACGUGACGAGAGUUUGAGGACGAGCUCUAUACCAACUCUGCUAAGGCCGCUCCCGAUACCGCUACCGAAUAUUGUUACUGUUUGGAAACCUAGUGAAAAUGAUGGUAGUAAAGCAGACGGGGUUGAAGAGGAAGAUUGUAACAAGACGACGUCUACUGAACAUUUUAGUACGAACAAUGGGUCGUCUGAAGGAGAGGAAACACCGGCAACAGCAUCCAAACAGACUGCUGAUCACGCUGGGUUGUCACCGCCGAGAACACCACCGAAAGAAUCGAGUGUUGGAUGGGUGCCCAAACUUGGGUUUAUUGAAGAGGGUCAUGAUGCUGAUGAUGAGGAGUGA